GAUCAUUCCACCCGGGUUGUGCCAGUCGACGAAUCCGGUACCAGUCAUCCAGUGAUUUUGCUCAUUCCAUUGAUGCUUGGCACGCGAAAGUUGAUCGAUUCGGCCUAUAUGCCUAUCGUGGCCCGCAUCCUCGAGGAUCCAUGUGCCUUGGGCCUAAUCGGCGGUCGACCGAAGCACUCAAUCUAUGUGUGCGGUUAUCAACAUAAACAGCUGAUCGUUCUAGAUCCUCACUUCACUCAGCCCGUGGUAGAUGUGGGGUCCGAGCAAUUUCCAAUCAAGUCCUGGCAUUGUCCGGUUCCCAAGUUGAUGCGCAUGUCCCGGUUGGAUCCGAGUUGCGCGGUCGGCUUUUAUUGUCGUACGCGGGGCGAGCUUAGUGAUCUAUUGGAUCGUCUACCCAGUCUAUUCACCCCAGAUCAACCGUCUCCUCUAUGUUCCACUCUGGUCGAAGUGUUUAUUGGUUCCGGUCCGGAUUCCUGCCCAGCAAACAUCAAUACAAACUCGUGA